AUGUCGAAAGAAUUAUAAAAUAAGCAUAAUCUAAUAAGCUAUCGAGUUAUAAAAAAUAGAAGAAGAUAAAAUGAAAAAAAUUCAUAGAAGCAUGAAUAAGAUGUAGCAACGCAUCACUCCUUCUUAACUCCAUUAGUUAAAAUAUAUAUGUAUGUAUAUAGAUAUAUGUAUAGAUGGAUGUUUCUAUUUAAUAUUCAGGUUCUACGUCUUUCAGUCUUCACUGAGAUCAUUUUAUUGACGGCAUCAUUGUAAAAUAGUCAUCGUUAAAUUUAAAUUUUGUGCUUGGAUGUAAUCUAAAUAUUUAGAAAAAAAUAACUGAGAAUUGGAAAAAAUUGUUGCAAUUAUUUGGAAGGUGUAAAUAUAUUAAUAUUAUAAAUAUAUCAGUAUCUAUACAACACAAGGAUCUUAGUUAUAAAAACAUGUCUUGGACUUUGGUGAUAAUUUUAUUAAAAAUGAUUUAUUUUCAAGCCCAAGUUACUGAAGUAGAUGGAAAAAAAGGUUUCGGUCCUGGGGAACAAGACUGGGGACACAUCCAAGUUCGACAAGGCGCUCAUAUGUUUUGGUGGCUUUAUUACGUGACUCCCCAAAUAAAAUCACCAGAUUUUAAUGUCUUUGAUAAGCCAUUGCUGAUCUGGUUGCAAGGAGGUCCAGGAUCACCUUCCAGUGGUUACGGAAACUUUAUGGAAUUCGGGCCAUUAAAUAUCGACCUCCAAAAACGAAAUCACACGUGGGUUAAUAAUUACAACGUCUUGUUUAUUGACAGUCCAGUUGGAACUGGAUUCAGUUAUGUAGAAAAUGAUUCACUUUAUAAUAAAAACAAUACAGAGACAGCUGAUGAUCUCGUGAAAUGCAUCAGUAAAUUUUUAGACACAAUCCCUGGGUUUAAAAAUGUUUCUACUUAUGUCUUAGGAGAGUCAUAUGGUGGAAAAAUAGCCGUCGAAUUUGCUCUCACCUGGUACAAAGCUCAAGAAAAUAAAGACAUAAUAAGUAAUCUCCAAGGAAUUGCUUUGGGAAGCCCAUGGAUUUCACCGAUCGAUUCAAUUUAUUUUUCUGGAGUAUAUCUACUAAAUAUCGGUAUGCUGGAUCCAAUGGAUUAUCAAGAGUUACAACUAAAUACUGAAGAAGUUGAAAGUCUCAUAGAGAAACAAAGAUGGAUUAAAGCUUUCGAAAAAUUUUCAAGUUUCGGUAGCGAUAGUUCUUUACUAAAUAUUGGGGAUGUAAACAAUAUAAUGAGAAGAAAAACAUUAAUUAACAGCUCUCAUUACAAUUACAUUUCCAAGUAUCGGAACCCUAUGAAUCAUUUUCCAGACUUUAGUGAACUAUCGAAAAACUUAGCAAGUUUAAUGAAUAAUGAUGUCAAAGUGUCAUUAAACGUUUCCACUGAUUUUCUUUGGGUUCAUCUUUCACCAUACGUUUUUUUUUAUCUAGCGGCCGACUUCCUCAAGCCAGCAACUCAUACAGUUGAGCGGCUUUUAAAUGAAACGAAUUUAAAAGUUAUUGUGUACAACGGCCAAUUGGACCCCGUUGUUCCGAGCGCGGGUACAUUUACUUGGAUUAAAAAACUCACUUGGGCAGGUGCAGAAGAAUGGAGAAAUACUAGAAGAGUCCCUUUGGUUGUCGACAAUAUUAUUGAAGGAUUUGUUAAAGAGCACAAUAAUUUGAAGUUUUAUUGGAUCAGCAGAGCCGGACAUCUGGCACCUAUGGAUAAUCUUUAUGCCAUGGAAGCAAUUUUGCAAGUCUUAACGUCUACCUCAAAUUAAUUUUUUCUUAAAAACUUCUUCACAUAAGCCAACGAGUACUAUUUUUCCUGGAUGUUUUCUUAUAAGACGAUCUGGGCAGGAAUUGAACGUCUUUAAAUUUCAGUAGUAAGCGUAGACAUCCAUCGCAUGGAAACUCUAGAAAGUCUCCAUGGUGAAACUCAAUAAAAAAGAUUUUAAAUAAGGAAAGACAUCAAAAAUGAAAACCAGAAUAUUUCGAAACAUAAAAAAAUAAAUAUAAGAAAAAAAAAUCAAAAUUUUUAAUCAAAUUUUGUACACCUAAAACUAAAGCAAUGGAACUGAAUCCAAAUCAUUUCAAUUCAACUAAACAUGACACAAAUUUAAAAUGGCGUUAAAAUAAAGUAUUGUCCACCGAAGUAAUAUUGAAUACGAAAUAAAUAUAGUAGACGAGUUUCACAGUUAUAGAAAUCUCCAAAUGAGAUACUCCACGAAACUAUAUUGAAUUUUUUGACUAAUCAACUACAUUCGAUGCGAAAUAAGAAUCCAUUCCUUCAUUUUCUGUUAAAACAAACUUUGAUUUUGGAUUAUGAGAAAAAUUAUUCAAGGAACAUCAAUACUAAAUUAUAUGUCAUGAUGUACUAUAUGAUAUACUACAUUGCCGUUUGCUUUAAAAAAAGUACUCCUCACUGUCUCGUAUGAAAGAGAAAUACUGAGGGCUCAAUUUCCCUCCAGUAUUGAAUAUAUCAAUUCUGAAAUAUAUUUCUUAUCAGAAACAUUACAAGCGACUGGGCGCAAUCUAGUGGCGGGCGCUGAAGUACUCCCGCUUUUAAUUUGAAAUGAAAGAAUUACUGUUUAAAAUAAUAGUAUUUACUGAUCACUUUAUCAUUAUAUUACUUGUCAUUUCUCAAUUCAUAUAUUUCAUUUUUAAUAAUUACUUGAUUCUUUUAUUACUAGUCCGACUAGUUAAUUUCUUUUAAACCCUUUGCGCCAUUUAGAAUUUUAAAAAUUAUUUCUAUUUCGAACCUAUUGUAAACAUUUGACAUUAAUUUAUAUCAGUAAAUAAAAACAGUUAAUC